GUCUCUCCUUUGAAGAGGUAUCAUCACAAAUACGCGAUACGCUUUUGGCUAAAGUGAUUUGGCUCGUGAUUCUAGAAACGCAGAUAAAUCAAUAUAUCUGAAACGAGACUUGGCACAAUGUUUCUAAAAGUGUCAUUGAAUAUUUUAUUAUACAUCCUUGUAAUGACAAUGGCUUAUUCUAUCAAUAAAAAUGCGAGAAAUUUGGAGCAUAGUGUGAUUGACUCUAUUUCGUUGAACGUUACGAAAUCGUUGCAUUAUGACUUGAAGCUAUCACUGAAGCCAGGUUACGUGUCCCAUGGAGAGGUCAAUCUUAGUGCUUAUAUUAGUUGGUCUACACGAGACAUAACUUUACUUACGUCAGAAAAUAUAAAUGUGACAGAAGUUAAUUUAAAAUCUGACAAUGGAGAAAUCUAUGUAUUAAAACGUUCAAAUAGCCAUCAUAAGAAUAAGGCCGUUCUUAAUUUUGCCGAAGAAUUUUUUGAUAAUAGUUUGAAAUGCGGAUUUUAUAUUCUAUAUGUUAAUUUUACAAACACUGACACGGAAGAACUUUCACAAACUUUAUACACAGGCGAAGAGGAAAAUAAAAAAUUUAUCGCCACUUUGUUCCAAUCCACAAAAGGACGACCAUUAUUCCCAUGUUUUAACACGUCUGAUUUCGUCUCCCUUAACAUCUCAGUAAAACAUGAUAGACGAUACCAAGUUUUAUCAAAUAUGCCGAUACGAAAUCAAUCUGUAUCUAAUAAUGUGAUGCUUACGCAUUUCCACACAUUUCCUUAUACAUAUUGUGACGAAGUGGCAUUAAUUCUGAUGACGUCUGAUAUGACACCUUCAGAUCCUAUCAGCUUUGAUUCUGAUGACUUUACUUAUUCGAAAAUAAGAAUCAAUACGUGGAGCAGGUCGCUUUUGGUACCACACAUGAAAUUUGCGCGACAUGUUCUCGGAAAUGUAACCAAGUAUUUAAAUGACAAUUGGAAUAUUGUGAGGAGAGGCCCUAAAGUAGAUUGUGUUGCUCUUCCGAAUUUAGAGGGCAAUAUCAGGCAGACUUGGGGAUUGGUACUUUACAAUGAAACAUAUAUUACCUACAAUGAAGAAUUAUAUCCUGCCUAUAAAAGUACAGCAAUGCGUUUAAUAGUUCAUGAAAUAAUAUAUCAAUGGUUCGACGGUUUCUUCUAUCCUUGGCAUAAUUAUUGGUUGUUAAACGAAGGUUUCAUUAGGUUCAUCGAAUCAUAUAUCAUUGAAAAGGUUUUUCCAAAAUCUCGAGGUUUAUUCAUAAUUCAAGAUCAGCAUGAAUAUCGCUAUCUGGACGUACAUUAUCCUACUGAUAUUAAUGAAAAAUUUACAAAUGAUAUAAGUAAAUUUAAAUUUAAUUCACUUUCUAUUCGUCAACAUAUUAUAGGACCAGUUGUAUGGCGCAUGUUAAAAAGUGUAAUGCCCAAUACUGUGUUUUGGAAUAGUAUCAGCAAAUAUCUAACCUCGAAUUUGACUUACAAUUCGAGAAUUCCCGGUAAUUUAUGGGAGAUUAUGCAGACUCACAUAGAUAGACCAGAAAUUGAGAAUUACGAACUAAACGUACAAGAAAUGAUGAAUGUUUGGGCUCAACACAAGCAUUGUCCUGUGCUAAAUGUGAUACGAGAUUGUAAUGAAGCUUACGUGCAUAUAUCAUUAGACAAAGAACAAGCAUUCAAUCAAACAAUCUUUUUAUACCCAUCACCUAUACUACGGAAAUGGAGAUUGAUUUCAAAAUAAGAUCGUCAACUAU